GCCAAUAACACGAACGGAAUAAACACCGCAGUUCGCUUUAACCUACUGGAAGAUAUUGCUAAAUCACACUGGCGAGCCUUAUAAGGAAAGCAGUAGGAGAAAGCAUGAAGUACAUACUAGUGACUGGUGGGGUCAUUAGUGGCAUCGGCAAAGGUGUCAUCGCCAGCAGUCUAGGGGUCAUCCUCAAGUCAUGUGGCAUCAGAGUCACCUCUAUCAAAAUCGACCCCUACAUCAACAUUGAUGCUGGCACAUUCUCACCUUAUGAACAUGGAGAGGUGUUUGUGUUGGACGAUGGUGGUGAGGUAGAUCUAGAUCUUGGUAAUUACGAACGUUUCAUGGAUAUCAAACUUCAUCGUGACAACAACAUCACCACAGGAAAAAUAUAUCAACAUGUUAUAAAUAGGGAAAGAAGAGGAGACUACCUAGGAAAGACUGUCCAAGUUGUGCCCCACAUCACAGAUGCCAUACAGGAAUGGGUAGAGAGGGUGGCCAAGAUCCCAGUGGAUGGUGACAACAUGCAACCAGAAGUCUGUAUAGUUGAGCUAGGUGGCACUAUUGGUGACAUAGAAGGUAUGCCGUUUAUUGAAGGCUUCCGCCAGUUCUUCCAGUUCCGUGUGAAAAGAGAAGACUAUUGCCUAGUCCACGUCAGCCUUGUACCACAGCCACAAGCCACUGGUGAACAGAAGUCCAAACCUACCCAGUCGAGUGUGAGGGAGCUACGUGGUCUGGGGCUCAGUCCUGAUCUGAUUGUCUGCCGCUGUCAGAACCCAGUUGAAGACUCGGUGAAGUCCAAAAUCUCCCUGUUUUGCCAUGUAGAACCCCAACAGGUGUUUUCCAUCCACGAUGUAUCGUCCAUAUAUCGCGUGCCCAUACUCUUACAAGAGCAGGGAGUAUCAUCCUAUCUGAUACAGAGGCUGAAGAUGGCACAGCUCUCCUCUCCCCACGCUGGUAACAUCAUGUUCAAGUGGAGGGACCUGGCUGACAGGUAUGAUCGUAUGCUGAAGGAGGUAACCAUUGCUCUCGUUGGAAAGUACACACGACUAGAGGAUGCCUAUGCCUCGGUGAUAAAGGCCCUGAAACACUCUUCUCUCUCUGUCAGUCACAGACUCAACCUCAGGUACAUAGAGGCGACACACCUGGAGGUAGAUAUGCUGAAGGAGAAUCCAUCUAAGUAUCACGAGGCCUGGCAUCAGUUAGUUAGCUCCAAUGGAAUCCUAGUCCCAGGUGGAUUUGGUGUACGAGGAACAGAGGGAAAGAUAUUAGCCACGAAUUGGGCAAGAACGAAAAAUGUUCCUUUCCUUGGAGUGUGUCUAGGCCUUCAGUGUGCGACCAUUGAGUUUGCCCGCAAUGAACUAGGAUGGAGUGAUGCCCACUCGACCGAGCUGGACCCACAAACAAAACACCCUGUGGUGAUAGACAUGCCUGAGCAUAACCCAGGACAGAUGGGAGCCACGAUGAGAUUAGGCAAACGUACGACGCUCUUUAAUACGGAAAACUCUGUUAUCAAGAAACUGUACGGAAAUGUUCCAUUUGUGGAGGAAAGGCAUCGUCAUCGAUACGAGGUCAAUCCAAAAUAUGUCAAGGAUUUUGAGGAUCGGGGAAUGAAGUUUGUGGGAAGAAGCGAAGAUGGACAGAGGAUGGAGAUAUUGGAACUCCAAAAUCACCAAUAUUUUGUUGCUGUACAAUACCAUCCUGAAUAUAUAUCCAGACCCAUGAAGCCAUCACCUCCAUAUCUAGGUCUUCUGUUAGCGUCCUGUGGAAAACUGCCAAAUUUCGCCGCCCGAGGCUACAGACUUUCACCCCAUCUGUCGUACAGCGAGGGAAACAUUUCCGAGGAUGAGGAACUUGCUGCCAUUGUGCAGGAGAUUCAAAUGAGCUCAUCCUCCCCAAGUAGCAAAUCUUCUGAGGAAAGUUCACCCAAAGUACAGGCUGAAGGUUCAAAUUAACUUGUUGAUGCUGUUUGUUUGGAGGAUGUGAUCUUUAGUCAUUUAGGAUUGACCUACUAUUGUACAAAGAAUUUCCAGCAGUCAUAUUUUUAUUAUCUUCAAAUUAUUAUCUUACUAAGAAGAAUUUGAUUUUAUUCACAAGGAAUCCUUGUGGAUAAACUUUCAUGAAGUUUCAUACCAACCGAAAAUUAACAUCUGUAAAACGAUGGACGCAAACUGAAACUUUAUUUUAUAAAUGAUUAUCCAAACACUGCAGUUGUUCAGUCUUGGAGGGAAACAUCUAGUUUUUCCUCAAAAUUUCUGAUGCAUUUAUGUAGAUUACAAUAGUUAACACUUUGAGUAAAUCUGUUUAAAAAAAUGGGGGGAAAUGUUUGAAGGUCACUGUCAAAUUUUUGACAUUUUUGACAUUUUUGACAUUUUUGAUGUAUAUAUUUCUUGUGCGGUGCAGGGAUCUGAUCACAUCCCACAUUGACGCUGUCCCGUUUGCUUUUGUAACAAAUUUUGUUUGUGUGUAAGAGAGGUCUGAAAAUAUAUAAUGUGAUAUGUCUGUCUGUUAUGUUAAGUUUAGAUAUAUUCUGCGUGAAGAAAUUUACAUUGAUCAUCUUUUAACAAAGACAUCUCAAUAUAUACCAAAACUGAUUCUGUGAAAAAUAUCCUUUAGAUAAAAGGUGGCAUGAUUUAAAAAUUAAGACUAUGUAAAUCAGGGAAAUAGAAUUUCUCAACAAAAAUGAAAAAGAUGAAUUCAGUUAGAUCUUGCUUUUAAAGAUUCAUGGAAUCUUUGUGAAUAUCAGUUCAUGAAUAUUCGUACCAAUCAAAAAUUAGACUUAAUAGCUAGUAUGUAAACAGUGUGAUGUUUAUUAUAGGGACUUGAGAAUCUUGUGAGAAGUAUAGUAGAAAACAGUGUGAUCCUCUGUUAUAAGUACGUUAUUGUUCCGCACAUGUUGGUUUUAAGAUGCAUACUUUGUUCAUUUUCAUACGGGUUUUUAGACAUUUUGAUUGUCUCAAACACUUAUACCGAAAGUAGUGAUGCUUUGUCAUCAUACUUUUUUUUUUUUUUUUAAACUUGUUGUUUUCAGCCAAAAAUAUAUACAAGAAUAUUCUAUUUUUUGUUUUUCAAUAACUGUAAUUUGAAAUUUUUCUGGUGCUCACAAAAAAUUAAACAAAAUUUCAAUGCUUUAUAUCAUACAAACCUUAGACAUCCACAGAAGACUGGUUGAGAUUAGAUAUAUUUGAGGGUAACCUAUGUCGUUUUUUAUUAAUGAGAUUCAACAGAAUUUACAUUAAAUAGUCGUAGUAUAGAAAAUGUAUACAUAUAUCUUGUUUUUGUUUCAUUUCUUCCACAGAAAUCUCGGAUUAAAGAUUUUUAUCCCACCAUCUUAAGAUGGUGGACUAUUCAGAUCGCCCAACGUUCAUAGUCUCUGGUCUGUCAGUCGUCCAUCCGUCCAUAAACAAUCCUUUAUCACUAUUUCUUGAAAAGUACUGGAGGGAUAUUUCACAAACUUCAUGUGUAGGCUCCCCUUGGUCCCUUGUGCCAAUUAAAUUAAGAUUUUUGGUCAGAAAACAAAAUGGCUGACAGGUAGCCAUCUUGAUAUUGCUGUUUCUUGAAAAGUACCGGAGGGAUAUUUCUCAAACUUCAUGUAUAGGUUGUCCUUGGUUUCUUGUUGUGCUAAUUUAAUUUAGAUUUUUCAUCAGGAAAAGACAAUGGCUGACAGUCGCCAUCUCGGAUUUUGAGAAUUGAUGUUUAUCUCAUAUUUAUUUCAUGUGUAGGUUCCACUUGUUCUUGUUAUCAGACAAGUGAAAGGAAAAGAAGAAAGAAGGGAAAAGUAGAGAGAAAUCAGUCUAACAGAACCAAUAAAGAUCAUUCAAUGGUGGGCGCCAAGAUCGCUCCGAGAUCUCUUGUUUUUAAAACUUUUUUGUUCAUUUAUGGAGUGCCAGCUAGUAAUAGGAGUUAGUUCAUUGCUUGUACCUGGUAUUUUUUGUAUGAUAUAUCUUCAUACCUUUUGUUUGUUAGUGGGAGGGCAAGGGUUAAUCUCAGUAGGCAUUACUACCUAUCAUAGUAUUAAAGCAAUUUCACCUUUCACUAAGCAUUUACUGGUCUGUACAAACAUUUUCAAUUUCAUUGCCAUUUUAGAAUUUACUUUUUGAAUUACCUUUGAAUAUGAAAUCAAGUUUUACAUUUUUGUAAGAUUAUACCUUCUCCCGACCAAGCAUCUCAUUAUUCUGACCAGCAUGAUUCAGGCACACCUUUUAUACCAGUUUGUGUGUUAUCAGAUUUGUAAAAUAAUUUUCACUCCUCUUAUAUACUAUUUUGUGGCAAUUCAAUUUUCUACACAAGUUUUAUGCUUGUUUAUUGUGUUUUAAAUUGAGAGGAUAAGUGGCUAGGCACACUGCAUUUGCUCAAAUUGUUUUGAUUUCAGUGGACAAGUUGUAUAACAAUGACUGUUUGGACCAUGAUUCCCCAAUUAUAUAUUAUUCCUCUUCAUUUUAUAGUGUUAAAUAUGAUCCAUGAUGUCUUGCACAUUGAUUACUGUGUUUGUUUGCUGCAUUCAUUGCCCUGUGAACUGCCAGAAUUAUUUUGAGAUUAGGUGUUGUAGUAGCUUGUGGCUACCUCACUGAACAACAUACAGAAGACAUGUCAGAGUCAUUACCUCCAAUUUAGAUAUCUUGUCAGGUAUGAAUACUGUCUCACAAUGACCUUGCAUUUGCUCCAAUUUGCUUUCAUACAAUUCAAUAUUAAUUAAGUGCCUGACUACAAUUAUUGUGAUGACAUGCAAUCACAAGGUACAGGGACUUAAAGUUCCACAAUGUUCUUGCUGUGUUGCAUUUGGAUCUGAUGAGAUUUGCUGUGUUUUAUAUACCCAAUUAUAAUUUUCCAGAUAUUGUCAAUGAUUUCACGGGCAUUAAAAUUCUAUAUACAGAUUGACUUUAGUGAAAAGGAAACCAAAUGAAUUAAAUAACAGUCUGUUAAUGUUUGGAAAAAGACCAACCGCUUGUUCUUUCAAGUGGUUGUUUCAUGUUGUAUAUCAGGUGAAAAUAAAUAUUUAUAUUAGAAUAAGCUCCCUCUAGUUUAAAAGUUUUAUUUUUGGAGGGCUCAUUUGAGAAUCGUUUAAGCUUUUUUAUAUUAAACUUGAUGACUCUAUGACAUUGAAGGAGGGGACUUAUUUAUGACCAGAUGGCUUAUUAGCAGAUGAAUAUGGUACAGUGUUUGAAAGUUUAAUUAUAUAGAGUUUCCAGUGAUUAUCAUUAUUUUAUUCCAAUUAUAUGCUAUUCUGCAUUGCACCAUAAAACUGCAAAUAAUGAUUGUGUGAAUUUUUCGUUUUACUUAUUUUGACGAGUUCAUUAUAUUAUACAUCAAGCCUGUAGUUUAUGUGAUUUUUGUAUUUGCUUGAAAUAUCCUGACAAAGAGGAGCAUUAGAAAUGUAAAUUAAGUAUAUUGUGUGCCAUAAUUUCUGUAUAUUUUAGUCAUAAUAACUAGUGCUAGAGCUGCAUAAUGUGAGUACUUUUCUCCUUUGUGGGAUAUUUCUCCCCUAGCUUGGACAAUAACCUAUUGAGAAAUAUGAUAUCAGACUUGUAUUGCGAUACUAUGUGUUGUGGAUAGCUAUAUCCCAAUCUGAGAGAAAAAUGAAAAAUAUGACAUAAAAUUCUUUAAUAGCUUUAGGCGAAUUGGUGCAAUCUGGUAUCCAACUUAUGUUAGAUUAGGAUUUAGAUGAGGAGUAUGUAUUCCAACCCUGGAGAGAGCAAAACCAGAUGAUGGUUACUAAUUAAUAUAAAAAAUCUAACAGUACUCAAAAUCUGUUGUGAUUGAUACUCUACACCUGAUUUUCCCUACAGCCCAAUCACCCUGCAUACUCCAAGGUAUCCAGCAGAGGUGUAAAGAAACCUAAUACCCAACCAAUCUAGCAUGAACGGUGUUGGCUCUAUCACCUAGAUCGUUCUAAGGUUAGGAUUUAUAUAUAACUUUGAAGAUUCUACUGUGUACAAACAUACCUCAAUUUUACACUUAUUUGUAUAUAUAAAUGUAUAAUUAAAGAUUUUUCAACAAGGCUUUUUACCCAAUUCCUGAUUUACUUAAAAAUGGGAAAGAUCUUGUCUAUAUUAUUUUUAGAUGUACAUCAAUCUACGUGAUUAACCCAUUUUUAGGAUUUGGAGACUAUGUAAUAGAUAUCAAGCAUGAAAUCAGGUACAUCGAUAUAACGCUGGGUAAUUCGUCUUGUCCAUAUCAUAACAGUGAUAAAAAAUACCCUAAAAUCAAUUAAAAAUUUUCGAUUUUUUUGGAAUUUUUAUAUGCAUAUAAGCGGGAAUUGGUUUUUUAGUCGAUGCAAAUACACGGGAUUAAAAUACAAAGAUAAAGAAGAAAAAAAUCGGGACCUGAGAAUUUUAUGCAAAUAAGCGGGAUAUUCAAAUAACCGAUAUGCAAAUAAGUGGGCUCCUCUGUAUAUCAAUAUUAAAAAGGUUUUGUAAUUGUUUAGUGGUAUAAACAUUGAAAACCGAGGAAACAGCCAAUUGGGUUUAGAUUUAUUUAAGGAAAUAUGAUCUGAAGUUACAUUUUAAAAUGUUGAACAUAAAUCACUAUAAAUAUCUGGCUAUGCGUUCAUGCCUGGGAAUAAACCCACCCCCUACUGCAGUUAUAUAGAAAUGCCAACUAAUGCUAUUUCAUUGUUGUGAAGUAUAUACUUACCGUGAGUUGAUGUUUAUGUGUUGAACCCUAGGGCUUAAUACAGGAUAAAACGUUAUGUAUUUAGGUGAUAAGGUUUACACAGAUAAAUGUAAAUAUUCACAGAGGAAUAACUUUCUGCAUGUCAUGCAAAUUGUAAGUUCUACCAUUUAAUGUUGGUUAUGUAUUUACUACACAGGUACCAGUUAGCCUUCUGAUAUUGGCAAUGAAGACUGGUGUGAAUGUUGUUUGUUUAUUCAUAAUUUGAUAUCUUGUAAUAAGGAUUAUAUAAGUCAUAUCAAUAAAUAUCAAAUGAU